AUGCAAGCUCCGGUGUUGGUUAUGAACACCAAUAGCGGUGAGAGACAGACCGGAAGAAAAGCCCAAUUGUCCAACAUUGCCGCCGCCAAGACCGUUGCCGACAUUAUCCGAUCAUGUCUUGGUCCCAAGGCGAUGCUCAAGAUGCUGCUUGACCCCAUGGGUGGCAUCGUCCUGACCAACGACGGACACGCCAUCCUGCGAGAAAUCGAGGUAUCACACCCCGCUGCGAAGAGCAUGAUUGAGCUGAGCAGAACACAAGAUGAAGAAGUAGGCGAUGGCACCACGACUGUGAUUAUUCUGGCCGGUGAGAUUCUCGCUCAGGCUUUGCCCCAACUCGAACGAAAUAUCCACCCCGUCAUCAUCAUCUCGGCCUUCAAGCGCGCCCUCGAAGACGCCAUCAAGAUUAUCGACGAAAUAUCACUACCAAUCGACAUCGACGACGACAAGGCCAUGCAUCAACUCAUCUCAUCUUCCAUCGGCACCAAAUUCGUUUCCAGAUGGAUGGAUCAAAUGUGCGACCUUGCCCUCAAGGCCGUGCGAACUGUCACCUGGGAAGCCGGCAACGGCAGGACCGAGGUUGACAUUAAGCGCUAUGCCCGUGUCGAAAAGGUUCCUGGCGGCGAGAUUGAAGACAGCAGGGUCCUGGAUGGUGUCAUGCUGAACAAGGACAUUACACACCCCAAGAUGCGUCGACGCAUCGAGAACCCCCGCAUCGUCCUCCUCGAUUGCCCUUUGGAGUACAAGAAGGGGGAGUCUCAAACCAACAUUGAAAUCACCAAGGAGGAAGAUUGGAACCGAAUCCUGCAGAUUGAGGAGGAGCAAGUCAAAGCCAUGUGCGAAGCCAUCAUUGCGGUCAAACCAGACCUUGUUAUUACCGAGAAGGGAGUGUCAGAUCUCGCCCAGCAUUACUUUAUGAAGGCCGACAUCACAGCCCUGCGACGGGUUCGCAAGACGGACAACAACAGGAUAGCCCGUGCCACCGGCGCCACCAUUGUGAACCGAGUGGAUGAUUUGCAGGACUCGGAUGUCGGCACGCAAUGCGGCUUGUUCGAGAUUGAAAAGAUUGGCGACGAGUACUUCACCUUUCUCACCAGGUGCAAGAAUCCCAAAGCUUGCACCAUCCUCCUCCGCGGUCCUUCCAAGGAUGUCCUGAACGAGGUGGAGAGAAACCUGCAAGACGCCAUGGGGGUGGCACGAAACGUCAUGUUCCACCCCCGCCUUUCCCCUGGAGGCGGCGCUACCGAGAUGGCAGUGUCUGUCAGGUUGGCGCAGCUCGCCAAGAGCAUCGAAGGUGUUCAGCAGUGGCCGUACAAGGCGGUGGCCGAAGCCUUGGAGGUGAUUCCUCGAACCCUGGUGCAGAACGCUGGCAAGAGCCCGGUUCGCGUCUUGACGGACUUGCGAGCCAAGCAGGCGGAGGGCAAGAGCUCGUGGGGGGUCAACGGCGAUUCUGGCACCAUUGUAGACAUGAAGGAGUACGGUGUUUGGGAGCCCGAGGCCAUCAAGCUGCAGAGCCUCAAGACUGCCAUCGAGGCCGCGUGUUUGUUGCUGAGAGUAGACGACAUUUGCAGCGCCAAGAAGGCGCAAACGGGCGGCGGUGCUCCUGGUGUUGGUGGCGGCGACGACUGA